UAACACACACCGUCAAGCGCCGGCUGCUCUCUCCUGUCAUUCGUUCGCCCGGUACCGUCUUGGCCGUGUCGCGCGAUCAACUCUCUCCGUCCGUGUGCCGUGCGCGUGUGUUCGUAGUAAUAAUAAUAAUAAAAGUGCUGUGUGCGUCCGUUACCCGCGCGCGUCGUACCGUUUCCCGCCAGUGAUUUUAUUUUAUUAUUAUUUUAUCAUAAUUUUUUCCGUACAUUUUGUGUUUAUUAUACUGCCCAUAUCAUCGUCUUGUGAUACUUAACUCGCGUCCACAGUUUUUAACUUUUGACGACGCUCGAGCGUAUACAAUUUUAAUACCACGUGACGCGUGUACUUGUCAUACGGUUAUGAUAUUGAGUGACUAUAAUAUUAUAUAUUAUUGUUUACGGACUAAAUCAAUUGAUCUCUUUUAUUAUUUUUUUUCAACCGCCGGUUGUGUAUCGUUUUUUUUUUUAAAUGCUCAUGGACCGCCACUCACGUUUGCGACGACAGUGCGUACCGAAGCCGAACAUUACAAUAAUCGUGUUACGACAGUAGCGUUUUAAUAAUUUGUGAAUGAACUAAGUACAGCGUGCGACGACGAGUGCGAUCGCGACAACGACGUCGACGACAACGACAUGUUCAUAGUCAUGACCACGUGUUUCCUCCUCAGUUACUUGGUGCAGAUCGCGUCCAGCAUCGCGUUGACGGCCAACACCUUGAUGGAUGAUUGGGGCCUCCGUAAGUCCGGUUCUACAGUCUCCUCGGAAAUGGAAAACUUUGAGAGACCCCCGAACGGCGAAAACGGUUUUGCGCCUCCCGGAUUUAUUAUCGUUUUGGUAUUUCUUUUUUCCGUGGGAACACUAUAUGCAACACUUUAUCACACCUAUUACCACGUCAAUGGUGCGGUCGCAAACUCCCGCGUAGCUAAACAUCGACACCAACAGCAGCAGUCGACCACCGUGUCUGCAAAACGAUCGAAAACCAAACAGCAGGUAUGUGUUAAAAACGACAACCCGAACACAGAAAACUCGGUAAAUGUGAGUACAUCGAGCAAGAUUUCCAAUAAGACCGCACCGGUUAACAAAUCAAAACCGCCGUCGGCGCCACCAUCGCCCAAAAAGAAACAUAAAUCUGGAGCAGCAGUAACUUCGGUUACUGUUGUAGAGCUAUCAGAUUAUGAUAAUUUUUCAGGAAGCUAUCUAUAUCAUGACCACAACGAUGGCGACGAAGACAGUUUUAACAAAAACGAAGACUAUUGUAAUGACGAAAACUGUAGUAAUAAUGACGAUGACGACGACAGUAGCCAUCUAUUCCAGCAUCAGCAACACAGGAUGAAUCGCCGACCAUCGUCGUCUUUGUCAUCGUCAUCGUUGUCGUCUUUGUCUUCGUCUUCGUCAUCGUCUUCGUUUUCGUCAUCGUCUUUGUCAUCAUCAUCGCCGUCUUGCAAAAACCUCGUCAAACAGAAUCGUCAGUCGAAUGGUAAAAAGUCAUCGGCGAAGUCCAAAAGCGGUAUCCAAGUGGAAACGUCGUCCGGAACAAGUGUGUCACCUUCACAUGAACACACUGUGGCACAAAAUGAAUUAGUGUUAGCGCAAGCGGUGGCGGCGUCUACGACGACACCAUUACCGCGCUUUGAAAAUCCGACUACAGCUGUUGGCAUUGAAAAAAAAAUCAUCAUAAAAGAGGUCGUCAAGAAAUCGACAGCGGAACAGUUGGAUAGGAUUGCGGAACAAACAAUCCCGAAGAAGGAAGACCGAAAUAAUAAUAUCAUCGUCAACAAUAAUAAUGAAAAAAAUGAUGAUUAUUUUGGAAACAUGUCCAAGAAACCGGGAAAAAGGUCACGAAGACGACAUAAAAAGAAUAAACCACAAUUGUUGGAUGAGAAGACGGCGCCAAUAAAGACUGAGAAGAACACGGUCGAAGAAAAAUCGAAAAAUGUUAACGGAGAGUCUGUUGGACAAGACAAGAUUGAGAAUUUAGACAUGCCACUUGCAGUACUGUCAUCGCCGACUCCGUCACCUUUCGAGGAUAGUUUAUGGGGUACUUUAAAGUGGAAUGACAGUACCAUAUGGAAUUAUGUGCAUAUGUCACAUUACUUAUUGACCCCCCUCCAGCUGCUUGCUAACGGGUUUCCGAUAAAUUUUAAGGCGGAAGCAGGGUGUGCGGAUUUCUAUCGGCAGAACAAUAGACGAAGUAGACUUAAUCCCGUUGCAAAAGAGUUUUUAUUGAAUAACCAAAAAUGUUUGUCGACAGCCCCGCCACCUACCCCUCAAAACCUCGCCAAUGAUAAGGAUGCUAAUAACGGAUCGCCAAACCAAAAACGAAAGAGAAGAAGGCACAAAAAACAACAGUUAUCACCCAGCGAUCACGUUCCGUGCGCUCGCUGCACUUCGUUUUUCAAUGUUAAAAAUGAGACUCGUUCCGCAAAGCCUGGUCGUUGCACUUACCACUACGGCAAGUUGAAGUUCUACGACCCUCUUACUAUGCUGAGUGCGUACAGUUGCUGCAAUGGCAGUCGGGAGUCUAAGGGUUGCACUCAAGCCAGCCGGCACGUGUGGAAUGGUUUUAAAAAUGGCUAUAAUCUACAAGUUAAGAAUUUCAAGACGACCGCAUACUCGACAUUACCCAUAGACCUGGAUUAUAAAGAGGGUAAAGAACCAAACAAGCACCGCAUGUACGCCUUAGAUUGUGAGAUGUGCUACACCGAGUGUGGUUUGGAGGUGACCAAGGUGACGAUGGUGGACAUCCGCGGAAAAGUCGUGUACGACACGCUAGUCAAGCCCGACCGGCCGAUAAUUGAUUACAACACCCGGUUCAGCGGUAUCACCGAAGACGACUUCGUGAAAAAUCCAUCCAAGACGCUGGACCAGGUCCGCAGUGACUUAAUGCGGAAUAUUGGUGAUAAUACGAUACUCGUCGGUCAUGGACUAAACACUGAUCUUGUGGUACUUCGCUUAGUUCACAAUGUUGUGGUGGACACGUCUACGCUGUUCGUGAAUCCGAACUCGACCGCCGGCCCUUACAAAAUGUCACUCAAAUCGCUGGCUUCCCGAUUACUAAAGCGCGAGAUUCAAAUUGCUUAUGGCCACGACAGUAUUGAGGACGCCCGGGCCGCCAUGGACCUGGUCUUGUACAAAAUCUGCCGUGAAACUCUAAACAGUAAAAACCGUAAAUAGCAGCAGGUCGCUCUGCGCCCGUUUGAGCGCAGACUCCAUCUCAAUCUGGUCUCACUGCUGCACCCCACACCUCACUUUGUCGUUGUUCCUAUUAAUUAUAUUCAUACAUAUUGUUUAUGUCGUUAUUAUAAUCAUGCAUGCGUACAUACGUAAAAUCAACUAUACAUUUUUAUAUCGUCGAGUAUUACGUUUAUUGUAUAUAAAAUGUUUAUAAUAUUGAUGUAGGUACGCGUGUGUAUAAUAAUAUUAUUAUGAUAAUAUGAUGUAUUCAUUUUUUUUCCUAUUUUUUUUUUUUUUUUUUUUUAAAAAAUGAUAACUUUUUAUACGAUUCAUUUUCACACACGUCUUGACACUGUGAUAAAUUGAUCGACGAGCGAUCCGUUCUGUUUACGGUGAUCCCGCUCGAUCUAAUGACUGAAUGAUACGUCAACCCCCCCCUCCCCUUCCCCAACCACAAAUCUCCUUCCCCAUGCUUUUUGUACUUAUAAAAUAAUAAUAAAAUGUAUGUACAAACAUUUCUCACUUUUUUUAUAUAUAUAUAUGUAUAAUAUAUUAUAUUAUAUAUUAUAUUAUUUGAUUUAAAAGA